AUGGCGUCGGAAAUCUCUACAAGCUACAGCUCCAGCGCGCGAUCAGUCAUGGGUGCGUUAACGCAUCGAAACCCCAAGCAGCAGCACAAGCGCAUCAAGGCGUCAUCCAUUGGACCAUGUCCAAAGGACAGCCUGGCUACCUUGGACGCCACGGGCAUGGCUUUGCAAUCGGCCCAAGCGCUGAGCACGUUUGGUGUUGACCGCGGCGAUGUCGACGCCAGUGCAUUGCGUCGCCUGAGUUAUCAGGCCUUCUCCUUGGAGGACGAUCGUGGUCAACUCAAAGUGCCACUCGUCAAAGUUGUCGAGUCCACGAGCGCAUAA